ACGCAGAAGGUUAAAAAAAAAGGGGGGAAGACACACACAGCUCCAGUCUGAGCAUGGUUCUCACGCUCCACUCAUCAAUUUAAAUUUUGGCUUGCGCGUGGUCAACAAACGCGUUAGAAUAAGGUGGAUCACAAUAUGGGGUUUUGUGAAAUAAAGAGACGCGCUUGGGAAUUGGUGUGAGUGACUGAAGAGUACCGUUGGAUUGGAUGGCUUUUCUUGCUGGCAAAGACGAAAACUCGUAAAUGGCAAAACCACACUCUCCUUUCACGCCAGCUUCCUUCAUACUCUUUUCCCUCCUUAUUACUUUUUUCUUUGUAUAAAUACCAUCUCUUACAUCCUCAUUAUUCAUUCCAAUCCAAAACACUCACUUAGUAUCUCACUCUACUUUCUUUCCAUUAGGAAAAAAGAAAAAUGGCUUCCUUUCUUUCUACACAAAUCUUGCUAAAGCUAGUUUUUCUUAUCUCAUUGUGCCAAAUCUCUUUGGGUACUAGGAAACUGAGUGAAUUAGUUCAAGACCAACCUCAGCUGUUGAAAUACCAUAAUGGGGCUCUUCUUUCAGGGAAAAUCUCUAUUAAUCUAAUUUGGUAUGGAAAAUUCAAGCCUUCCCAAAGAACCAUUGUCUCUGAUUUCAUAACCUCUAUCUCUAUGUCAUCAACUUCUUCCUCUUCCCCUGUUUCUCACGAGAGCCAACCAUCUGUUGCCACGUGGUGGAAACUCACUGAGAAGUACUACCAUCUCACCUCCCAGAAACGACACCGUUCUUCCUCCCUUUCCUUGCCUUUGGGAAAACAAAUCAUCGACGAGAGUUACUCUUUAGGAAAGUCUCUCACCACCAAACAGAUAGUUGAGUUGGCGUCCAAGGGUGACCACAGCAACGCCAUUAACGUGGUGUUGACAUCUUCUGAUGUCUCCGUUGAAGGGUUCUGUAUGAGUAAAUGUGGGACUCAUGGCUCGUCCUCUGUUAUAGGUCCAAAGAGUGGUCAUCUCAAGAGAAAGAACUCCAAGUUCGCUUACAUAUGGGUAGGAAACUCGGAGACCCAGUGCCCAGGUCAAUGCGCCUGGCCAUUCCACCAGCCUAUUUACGGUCCCCAAGCUCCGGCCUUGGUUGCCCCAAACAACGAUGUGGGGGUGGACGGGAUGAUCAUCAACUUGGCUAGUCUUUUGGCUGGAACAGUGACCAACCCCUUCGGUAACGGCUACUUCCAGGGCUCGGCGGAGGCGCCACUUGAGGCUGCAUCGGCUUGCCCUGGUGUGUACGCCAAAGGAGCCUACCCUGGUUAUGCUGGGGACUUGCUAGUUGACCCCACUACUGGAGCUAGCUACAAUGCGCAUGGCUCCAAUGGAAGAAAGUACUUGGUUCCGGCUUUGUAUGAUCCUUCAACCUCUUCUUGCUCCACUUUGGUUUGAGGAUAUUGAGUAGUAGAAUAUUUGUACACGCAAUAUGUAGGAUAGAUUAGGGAAAUUCAUUCAUUUUUUUUGCUUUUCUUUCUUCUGGUUAUGCGUAUUAUAAUAAAAUUUAAAAGCAAAUUACUUUGGCUUGCUUACUUAA